AUGGAGAUAACAAUGAAUCAGCAACUGCUGGAUACCUCCUGGGUCGAACCAACAGGCCCAGUGAGCCCUGCUCUUAUCAAACUAUCUGCUAUGGAUAGUUUGACAGCACCUGUUUACCCUUCCCCAACACUAUUCUUCCCCCUCAAGCCGGGCGUAAGCCCCUUGGACCUUUAUAACGAUUGCAAACGUGGUCUCGCGCGUUACUUGUAUCAGCACCCUCAUCUCUGCGGGAAAAUUGUCAAAGAUGCCACAGGCAGAAAUUCGAUUGAAAUCGCUCCGGCACCUUAUGCCGGCGCCAACCUUGGAUACUACGACCAUCGGAAUGAGAAGGAAAUGCCGUCGUAUGACGAGUUCAGAAGUUUUGGCUUCCCGUUUGCCGAUGGCAAUAAAGACGGGCUAAGCAAACUUUGCCCUGAGAAUUUUCCAAGCGUCCAAACUGGUGACCCUGUUCUCAUCACCCGAUUCAAUGUUAUCAGAGGUGGGAUCGUUCUAACAGUCUCUAUCGCCCACGCAGUAUGCGAUCUGGUUCAAUUCAUCGACUGUAUCAAGUCCUGGGCUACCCAUACGCAAGUUGUUUCCAAUGCUCGGAUGAGAAAUGAGCCAGAGCCUCCACUGCCGAAGCAAGUGGCGCCACAUCUGGUUGAUCGGUCGCCAAUGAAGGCGAGCGCACAGAUCGAACAUGAUCUUGAUAAAGUGGCGGCUCGGGCAGCAAAUCUUCCGCAUUGGACAAUGCUAGAUCCUCGGAACCCGGAGAGUAUGGCUUCGACAUUGGAAAAUCUCUUUACAAGGGCGCGUCUGACAGAUUAUGAUCUCGCGUCUUCUGAUGAAGCUACACUCCGCCAGCCAUCAGCUAGUGUAUGGACGUUCCCCAAAUCGUCAAUGCAGAUUCUUGAUUUCAUGGCUAAGAAAGGGUCAACCGGAAAGACAAGGCUGUCGGCAAUUGAUUGCUUAACUGCAUUUACCUGGCAGCGUUUCUUCGAAGCAAAAUGGGCCCCCGAUCAGUCUGGUCCAGAAACUGUGCCUGAAGCGACACGUAUCGUUUACGUGGGGAGUGUUCGGCCUCGUCUUACACCUCCAUUACCUCUCAACUACCUGCCAACAUGUGUGGAUCUAUUCCCAGUCACCGCAACAACCAAGGGAUUUCAUGCCUGUUCCCCUCGAUCUGUAGCCAAGGUAGCUACCAAGAUUCGCAAUAGUAACGAUAACUGGAGUGAGAAAACCUUCCGCGAGAUGUUGGAAGUGGCACAGAUGCAUCCAUUUAGCCCUGGUAUAGUCCCAAAUGGCCCCUUAGACGCUCUUACAACGGAUCACACGCGUCUUGGUGCAGCUGCAGCCGAGGAUUGGGGUGCUCUUGGUAGAUGCGAGGCGUAUCGUGAGCCGUAUAUUGGCCGAACACCUCCUCUAGGCGAGAUUACCUUCCUCCCGCGUUGGCAUAAUGGGGAAAUAAGCGUCAUGUUCGCCGGCGAAGCGAUUGUGAUGGAAAGGAUGAGAGAUAAUGAGAAGAUGAAUGCUGCUGCUUCUUGCCAGUUUGUGAUGCAUGACUUCCCCAGGAAUGUCAAAAAGGUAAAGCGGCCUUCCAAGUUGUAG